GCCGCGGACGGACGCAUACGAGGGCAGCACCUGAAACAAAAAAAAAAAAAAAAAAAAAAAAAAAAAAAAGCAAAAACAUGGAUCUAACUGGAGAGAAGACAGCGGCAGAGGCGGCUACCUCAACAAAUCACGAUGCAGACUAUAUAGCAAAAGCUUUGGCAUUGGCAUUCAAUAGUGAAAGCUUGCGAGUGGAGAGCUUUCACAGUGAGCCAAUUAUACAGCGUGGCGAGAACUUCUGCAGCGUCAUCUAUCGGAUAAAAGUUGAAUUUCGCAAGAGCGAAGAUGCACCGUUAGAGCAAGGCAACUACGUGCUGAAGGAUUUGCUGCCCAUUGUGGCCGAGGUGGGCUCCAAUGAGAAGCUAAUGUUCCAGGAGAUAUUGCCCGCCAUGGCAAAGAUAUUGGAAAAGUCUUCGCUGGAGGAGCACAAGCUGAGUGCUGACUGUCUUUUUGUGGAGCGUGAACCAGGCAAAGAGAUCUAUUUGCUGGAGGAUCUCUGCGCACUGGGCUAUGCCUCAAUGAAUCGCCAAAAGGGCUUGAAUCUAGAGGAUGCUGAGAUUUGUGUGCACAAAUUGGCACAGUUUCAUGCUGCUUCGAUGCUGCUGCUGCACGAGCAGCCGGAACUGGUGGGUCAACUGUCGCCCUCUCACUAUGCCGAGGGCCUGGAUGACCCCUUUGCCCAGGUUAUUGUGGUGAAUGGCACGGCCUUUGGCGCAGACGUGGCGGCCGAGUUGCCGGGCAUGUCGAAAAUAGCAGACAAAAUGCGAGCUCAACUUCCGGCUGAGUAUGAAACGCGCAUGAAAACUGUGGUGGAUGGCAAGAAUACGGCGAUGCCAGUCAUAGUGCAUGGCGAUCUCUGGCUGAACAAUCUGAUGAUCAAUGCUGCGGAGAAGAAGGCUAUUAUUGUGGAUUUCCAAAACUGUUUCAUUGGCAGCGCCGCCAUCGAUGUCCAGUUCUUUCUGUAUACCAGCUUGCAAUUGGAUGUGCUGCUGCAGCACCGUGAGCACCUGCUGAAGCGUUACUAUGAAAGCCUCUGCCAGACCUUGACUGCCUUAAAUUAUACCGGCAACACGCUGAGCUACGAGCAACUGGUUGAGGAAAUGCGCCAGUGUCUCUUCUAUGCCUACUAUGCCGUCGUCUGUGAGCUGCCCAUUUGCUGUGCAUCCAAGGAGGCGGGCGAGGACUUUACCGUGGCCACUUUCAUGAGCUCCGACGCUAUACUGGCCAAACGUCGCCAGCUGUUCGCCAAUGAGCGUGUGCUGGAGACACUGAAAGCAAUCUUGCCCUACUUUGAUGAACAGGGCAUAUUAGAUCCGUUGUAGGGGGGGCAACGAUUUGACAGCUUUGCAUUUGUAUUAUUUAUAAAAUUUAAGCUAUAGUUGAUGGCGAUUCAAUUGCAAUGUUCA